UUACUGCUACCUAUCACUAAUAACGUCGGUCUAAUGCGCAUGCGCCCUCUGUCUUCACAUGAGAGAACUGCACUGACAUUCCAAGCCGAAUAUCUUUGAGUCGCUCUUCCUUGAGUCUCAUGCACUCAGCCAAUCUGAAUGCGCUGACGAGGAGAGGCAGGAUCCCAAUAUUUAACUCUCAGGGCACUGAUACAUCUACACCUGUCACUGGCUGCUCCUCGUGAAGAACUAAUGCACUUUAUCUCCCUCUUCACAUACUGAAGAUAUCCACACACGGCACUGCUGGUCCGAUAUCCGUGCGGUUCUUGAGAAGUCACAACGGCGAUUUCCUCGUGUUUUGUCAUUAUUUACCGGGACAUGCGCUUUAUCAUGAACCUGUAAGGAUGCGACAGGACAUCUGAACCUCACCUGAAAACAAAAAACGCAACUAUGCCGAAAAUAAAUCUUCCUUGAUACAUCUGGAAACAGCAGGAUGCAGAAGAAGAUUUUCGCACCUAUUUGAACAUGGAUCUCCCAUCAUAGCGAGGAUUACAGUUGGACACCACAUGCGCCCCUGAGUCUCUUUAUUAUAACCUGUGUCGUAUUGUGGCAAGUGCUUUAUGUAUAUAAUUAUGAUCCUCUUCCGUAAAUUUCGCGUGUUGAUUUUAAUGGUGUUUCUCGUCGCCUGCACCAUGCACAUCAUGAUAGACCUGUUACCCAAGCUGGAGAAGCGCGCGGCGGGCUCGAGCUCCAGCGCUGGAGGUGGAGGCGGCUGCUCCUGCGCUCACACACCGGGCGAGGAGCCGCGAUCCUGGGCCAAACAGCGCCCCAGAGCCGCCGCCUCCGAACCGGGCUGGCCUAAUAAACACUCUUUGAGAUUACUGCAGGAUUUCAGCAAUGAACCCAACUCCAACCUCACUUCGCACUCACUGGAGAAGGUGACGGAGAGAGCCGAGUCUGAAAAGAGAGUGAGACAGCUGCAGCUGGGCUCGGAGGAGAGAGGUUUGAUGAGAGAUGCAGCGAGCGGACAGAAGCAGAGAGCUGGCCAGGGUUCCUCCAGACUGAAGGCGCUCUAUGAGCAUCCCCUCUAUAAGCCGGACCUGCCUCAUCUCUCUGAAGAUGACAGCUUGUUCAACCUCAACAGUGAUGUCAGAUUCUACCCCAAAGCUGCCAGGCAACAAGAAUGGCAUAACGAGGGGAACGCGGAGGAGGAGGAGGACAGUCCGGCAGGGGAGGCCACUGGUGAGUCAUAUCCCAACUGGCUCCGCUUCCACAUCGGGAUUAACCGAUACGAGCUCUACUCCAGACACAACCCCGUCAUCGGUGCCCUGCUGAAGGACCUGGUCUCCCAGAAGAUCACCAGUGUAGCAAUGAAGUCAGGUGGCACUCAACUGAAGCUCAUCAUGUCAUUCCAGAACUACGGACAAGCCCUGUUCAAACCUAUGAAGUAAG